CCUGCACACUCUCCCUCCUCAGAUAUCUGUUUCUGCUCUGCUGUCUCUCUUACACACACACUCACACAGAGGGAGGCUGAUAACUGUGAUUCUGCUGCUGAAUUUUUAACGCUGUUGUGGAACUUUUUUUUUUUCCAGCCGGGGUUACUGUGGCACCGGGAUACUAUUACACUGACAGAGACGGGGAGACCGGGCUCAACUCUUUUCUGUUGUUUACUGAGGCUGCACUGACCUAGACUGUGCAUGGAGUGUAUGGCCCAUCCUGUCCUGAUGCUGUUACCGUAACAUUAUGACCCUUAACACUCAGAGAGAUAAGGAGCCUCUGCGGCGUCGAGGGAGCACACCAAUUCCUCCCCUCUACCAGCAGCUAAGCGGGACUUGGGACCUUCAAAGAUCCCUGAGCACACAGCCGGACCGUCCCGGUCCAACUCGCAGUCACCCUCCUUUAGGGCAGUCAGCAUCUUACCAUCCCGGAGACAAGUCCCUCCACUACCGCGCUCACUGGAGUUCUGAUUCAGAUGACGACUCACAGAGUGAAUCAGAGUGUGUUUACAGAGUGGUGUUGCUUGGCGACCAUGGUGUCGGGAAGACCAGCCUCGCAGGCAUCUUUGCUGGAAUCACGGAGAAAGAUGAUCAACCUGGAGUGGAAACAUAUGAACGGACACUGAUGGUGGAUGGAGAGGAAACAACACUGAUUGUCAUGGACACAUGGGAAGGUGAUAAAUCGGAAAAAGGAGACCCAACCUGUCAUGAUGACUGCCUGAAGGUGGGGAGUGCUUAUGUUAUUGUUUACUCUGUCACCGACCGCUCAAGUUUUGAUUCAGCUGCUGAGCUCCGCAUAACACUGAGGCGCGCUCGACAAGCCGAAAAUCUUCCCAUCAUCCUCGUAGGAAACAAGAGUGACUUGGUCCGGGCCAGAGAGGUCGCUGUGGAAGAGGGCAGUGCUUGUGCGGUAGUGUUUGACUGUAAAUUCAUUGAGACGUCUGCAUCCCUGCAGCAUAACGUGUCCGAACUGUUUGAGGGUGUGGUCCGACAGAUUCGUCUCCGUCGGGACAGUAACGAGGUCACAAAGCACAGAAACUCAAUCUACAAGCGUAAAGAGAGCCUCACCAAGAAGGCCCGCCGUUUCCUGGAUCGACUGGUGGCACGAAACAACCAGCGAAUGGCAGUAAAAGUGCGCUCCAAGAGCUGCCAUGACCUAGCUGUCCUCUGAAGGCUUGCUUUCAUCAAGACUUUUAUUGUGACUUCUUGAACGAUUGAUUACCUGCUUGUGAUACUGUGGAAAAUAGCAUCAGCUGUGUCUAUCACGACCAGCGGGUCAGGCUCAGACAAAGCUGUCACUGAAAGAUGAAUGAAAAGAAGACACUUACUGUGACUGUGGCUCCCCUGUUUUACUGUUUAGUGUCAAAUUCGUUGUGACUUUACCUCCAAAUGACGUCAAUAUGAGGAUUUCAGAUGAAUGUAACAGAUCACCAUUCUUUGGUUUAACAGUGGCAUGGGUGUGUGUAAGUGCGUGUGUGUGUAUCAGUAGAGGUGAUGUGACAUUGUUCAUCAUGGGGAACCUGAUCACUGUGUCCACCCCGUUGUUAUCCCGAGAUUUCUUGUGUUCAGAUUAAUGUGCUAAAUAAAAUUUUCAAGUCAUA